UAGUUUCAAGCGAAAUGAAAGGCGAUGUAAGGUGUAUUUCUAUUGAUAAUCUGCCAAUAAAUGUCGUUGUACCGAAGUCACGGAUGAAUCAUUCGCGUAGCCGCUGCAAAAGUGUUCCAAAUCCUUCAUUGUCAGCCAGACAACAAGGAAGUUUGGCGAGAAAGACGCGGUGGCCGGUCGCUUCGUAUUACUACAGUACUUCAAGUUUUCCCUCUCUGUAUACAACGUUAACCACAAAUGAAGCGAAGAAAGAAGAAUCCGAAAAAAGUACGCAGAGAAACGAAAAAGGUAUCGUUGUUCGUGGAUGUCCUGCUGCUACUGAAAUUGGUGGAAAUAAAGAACGUUUUCCAUGGAAACAAUGCAGCGGAAGAUCUUUCACAAGCGUCAAAGUAUUGACGCCGAGGCAUUCGAAGGAUUGUGCGCAGCCAAAACAUUGUGAGAGUAACACGGACCAAGAUAGAUUGGAAAACAAAGGUGAAACAAUACCACCUAGUGGCCAUGUCUCUGCCAACUCCGAAUCGAUGCCCGGUAAUCGGGAAGAAGAAGUUUCAUUACGAUCUCAUUCGCCGAUAGCAAUACAAGCGUGGCCGCAAAGAAAAAUAUAUCUUAGUACUCAGCCCCACAUGACCCAAAGCCUGACAUCUUACACUGAACAAAGAAAUUACAAUACCAGUACCACAAUAAAUGAUUUGAAAACGGCAAGGUCCAGCACCCAGCAAACAAAGCGUGUUCAUAAACCUCUUACCCACAGACUAUCUUUCGCAAAAUCAUAUACAAACCAAAUAUCAGCAAUAAACUGCCAUAACAGCGAUCGCGGAUACCGAAUUCCAGUUUCUCAUCGACGACAUGUUAUAAAAGAACCAGUUAACGGAACCGAUACUCAAGUUACUACCAUACCAGCGCACAUAAGCGACUUAAACAAAUCCUCAACUAAAGUCUCAGGACAGGACAAUAAUUCUACCAGCAAUCAACUACAUACAUCCUUACCAUCGAAGCAAAAUAUCGGUGGUAAAUUUUCGUACCUCCGUUUUAAUAAACCUCCUAUUAACAGUCUGGCUCACUCUGCUGCUAAUUAUCGAGACCCAGCAACUUCCAAAGCGUCUUUGCUGUCCACAGAACAACUUGUUAUUCGGGAAUCGGUAGAAAAAGUACAGCGCUGGAUGAGAACACUACCCAAACAUUUUCAUACCAUUCAUCAUGUGUUGCCACCAGUUCAGUAUGAUUACUGAAAUUUAUCAUUUGCUGCCAUAAUAUCCUAAUCUUGUUUUAAACAAUUAACAACGGUCUAUGGGGGUCGUGGGAAUACAGUUUUAUAAUUCUUUGAAUCUUCUUUCUUUACUAUUAAAUGGGACGAGAAAGUAGAUUGAAAUGUGCCCCAUCUUCUCCCACCCUACUAUAUGUAUUUUGACUCUUUCGGCAUAGGUGUCAUUUUUUAAUUUUGUUAAUUGUCAUUUACCCUGAUAAAGAUGACAUGAACAGAACAGUAAACACUGUGCAGCAAAAUUUUUGCCGAGGGAGCCAAAAUACAAGUAUGAUUACUGAUGUAUACUAUUACUUUAUUUGGCUAAUUGCAGUUUGAAAGAAAAGCAAUUACAUUUUUAUUUUAUUCGCUAAUUUUUUGUGUUUAUAUUUAUUUCACAAUCAAGUCUUUUGUAUUUUCUAAUUUUAUACGAAAUAUCCACGACAAUGAGGUUCUUCGUAUUUAUUUUAUCCAGUCAUUAAAAGUUCGCAACAAAAA